AUGCUUAGUCAUUUGUUGUGGUUUUAUCAUAUGGAUAAAAAUUACGGAACAAUGCAACAGGCAUCAGUGAUUGAUCAAAUUAGUGGAAAGGAAAUGAUUAGUGCAAGAGAUGCUAUGCCGGAAGAUGAUCCGAAUGGAAAUGUUAAUCCGGAAGGCGUUUUUAAGCCACGCUGGGGACCAAAUCAUACUGGUGCUAAGAAGUUAGCUGCUCUUUAUAGCCGAGAAAAGCGAUUGCAAGAAAUCAUUUCAACCGGAUUGGGUAUUAUCGAACUGCUCAUUGUUAUAUAUUUGUUAAUACGACGAUUCGAAUUAUCUUCUCUGCCUUUCAUACUAUUCUUUGCAUUUUUGGGCAUUUUAACAGCUGAUUUGUUGUCCGGUCUGGUACAUUGGGCUGCCGAUUCCUUUGGCACCGUCGAUACAUUCAUCGGCAGGCACUUUAUUCGACCAUUCCGUGAGCACCACGUGGAUCCUACCGCUAUAACACGUCAUGAUUUCAUCGAAUGUAACGGUGAUAAUUUCUUGUUAAUAAUACCAAAGCUUACGCAUAUUAUUUAUCAACAUGCAACAUUAUCAGCUUUUGAAUUGGAUACUCUGACAACAUCACAUUGGUUUUAUUUACUUUUGGCUAUGUAUGUUGCGCUCACCAAUCAGAUUCACAAAUGGUCACAUACAUAUCUUGGAUUAUCACCUUGGGUAGAAAUGCUACAGAACUGGCACGUGAUACUUUCACGUAAAGGACAUAAACUUCAUCAUAUUUCACCACAUGCAUGUGGAUAUUGCAUUACUACCGGCUGGCUAAAUAGACCGCUGGAUGCGAUCGGUUUUUGGCGUGCUGCUGAAUUUGUUGUCACGGGAUUGACGGGAAUGAAGCCUCGCACCGAUGAUCUGAAAUGGGCAAAAGCUUCUUAA